AGUACAUCUUGGUUAUUUAACCUAAACGUUCUCAUGAAACUAUGGAGACUAAUGAUUUAGCAAUGUGUUGGCUCCUGUUUGUUCUCCUGCUGUCUCCAGGUACAUGCUGGAUGUCUGAUAAAUGUUUAGUUUAUGAAGACGCUAACAUGGUUGAAAACGUCCAGUAUGGAUAUUGUCCGACAGGAAACCUCACAGCGAGUUGCAGUGAUGUUCAGGAUGUGAAGUCGGAUCUUGCUACGCUUCCUCGACAAAUCGACAGCCUUUGCCUGGAAGCUGGUCGUGGACUGGUGCUUCGACCAAACGCUUUAGAGCGCUUCUCCAUGCUGGAACAGGUCUACAUUAGUAACUGUCCUGAAGCGAUUCAUCCUGGAGCUUUCGCCGGAUUGACAAAUUUGCGCUCAAUAUCGUUUGCGGAAUACGAACAUUUAUUUGAUUCUAAAUUCAAAUGCUGUAGUUCAUCAGUGUUUCCAAACGCUUUCGAGCAGCUACCCAACUUGACCAAGCUUUUCUUUCAUAACUACAAUAUGUCCACCGUGUCAGCUGAUGCAUUCAAUGGACUAAAAGAUCUAAAAUUCUUGCAAUUCAGCAGUUGUGGCACGGAAAUCCUGGAUAUUUCAUGUAGAAUUGCGGAAGUCUCGAAAUCGCUGACAUCGCUGUACGUGAGUGCAGAUGACCUGGUCAUCCUGAGUCACAGAAAAUGUCCUCGUUUAGAGAACGCUUCCAUUGCUGAACAUUUCAAAUCUCUGAAACGUCUCGAUUUUGUAUUUCCAAAUCUGAAAUUUCUGGACGAACAUGUUUUUCAGUUCUUCCCAGAGAUUUCAUUUCUAAGUAUGCCCAUGAAUCCGGUUCUGAAGUUGCAGCUCUUGCAGUCCGGAGUGCGAAAGAUCAAGUCACUGGAGGCAGACCUGAGACAAGGUGGUCUCGGGUUGGUUUGUGAUAUUGUGUCAAAUUUUUCGGUUGAAAACCUGCAUCUAAAAUCAGAAACUUAUUUAGAAGAUAUCGGAGUCGAAGGAUGUCAUGGAUUACGCAAAACAAACCUCGUGAGCUCUUCCGUGCAAGACGAUUUGUGUUUUGUUAGAUUUCUGAAAAAUCUACAAGUUUUGGAGCUGGAGGGAGAUUUUUUGGGACGGUUGCUCGAAAAUCUGUGCGAACUGUCCGAUCCGGUGACUCUGUUACAGAAAUUCAGCCUAAAUAAAAGUAAGUUAAAUAAAAUAACCAUGCGACAGUUUUAUUGUCUGAAAAAUCUCAGCACUCUUGAUCUUUCCUAUAAUAAAAUCUCUGUGAUAGAGGAUUUUACAUUUAAAGCAAUUGACAAGUUAAGCGAACAAAGUUUAUUAUAUUUGACUGACAAUCGGACUUUUAAUAAUCUGCGUAGUUUGGAAUAUUUAGAUUUGUCAAGAAAUAAGAUGUCUUCAAUUAACUUUGCUACAUUUGAUGGCUUGGACAGUCUGAAAGUCUUGAACCUCCAUGGCAACAAGAUAACUCAAAUCACAGUGAAUAGUCUGAUCGCGCCUUCAGGAUUGGCGAGCUUGGAAAGUUUAGACUUGUCGAAAAAUAUCAUCGCACAUAUUUCCGACUUCGCAUUCAAGCAAAUGAAAACUUUAAAGAUUCUAAUAUUGGAUAAAAAUGCCAUUUCCAAAAUCAGCAGGUUCAGCUUCUUUGGUCUGGAUCGUUUAGAGUCACUGACACUCGAACAUAACGUUGUGAAAUAUUUCGAGCCCUCUGCCUUGACCAGUUUAACCUCUUUAAGGAAAUUCUCAGUCGGCUGUCUCAAACAUCCGUCGUCCGAGACAGCGCAGGCUGAGAUCGAUCUCGGUCUUCUGUUUGGUCGCAUCCCGGUAAACCUCACCGAGCUCUCGAUCAGCUCCUGUAGCCGUCCGAUGAGCAUCGUGAUUGGGUCUGAGAGUGCCCUCAAGACUGGUCUCCAUCUUCACAUCUAUGGAAAAAGCGUUCAUUUGCUUGAUUGCGAGAAGCCGUUCUUUCUGUCCGUAGUCAACCUUACAGCUGUAGUCGACCAGCUGUUGUGCGGCUCACACUUUGCUGGGAAAUACUUUAAAUCCUUGGAAAGCUUUACGUUAUCUCCUCAGGUUAUGUCCUCUUUCAUUGAUCUGGUUGAUCUUAAUACACUUUUGCGCCUUCAAAAGUUGGAUUUCGUUAACGUCGACCUGACCGACCAACCUCACCUUGGUAUCAUGCUCCACAAUCUGACCAUGCUGAAAGUUUUAAAUUUUUACCAAUCCAGGAUUCCCUUGUUCAAUGAAGAUUUUACCAAAGACUUGAAGUCUCUCGAAUUUCUCUUUGUUAAUGUUGACAAUGACUUGAGUCUGGUUGAAAACUUUGCCAGGCCACUUUUAAAUCUACGUUAUGUUUUUCUGAUUAGCCUGAUGCUCCACUGCAGCUGUGACAAUGCUUGGAUUAGCGAAUGGGCCAAACACCAAAGACAAGUUCAAGUUGUAACGUGGAUGUCCACCGGCGGCAUUGCUUGCCGAAACAUUAAGGGCAUCCAAAACUUUGCCAAGUACACUGAAUCCAGCUGCUCAUCACAUGUGGAAUUUGUCCUGUUCGCCACAACCUCUCUAUGGAUUCUGCUUUUUAUGUUAGUGGUUCUGGUCCAUAAACUGGCCGGAGAUUACUUGCUGGCGUUCAUAUACAUCGCUCGUGGCUGGGUGGACGCAGCCUUGAGAAAAAACCCUAACAGGCGCUAUCAGUACGACGUUUUCGUGUCGUAUUCUGGAACGGACGAGCGCUGGGUCGUCAAUGAGCUUCUUCCCAAUCUGGAGAGACGAGGACCACCUUUCCUGCGCCUCUGUCUCCACAGCCGGGACUUUCACUUAGGCACGGACAUCGUUGAGAACAUCACGGGAAGUCUGUACAGGAGCCGGUACACGCUCUGCCUGCUCAGCCGCCACUACCUACGCAGCAAGUGGUGCUCUUUGGAGAUGAAGCUGGCCACUGACCGCUUGCUCGUGGAGAACAGGGACGUUCUGAUCGUGGUGUUUCUGGAGAAGAUCUCACCUAAGAAGCUGUCCGUUCACCACAGGCUGGCACGGGUGGUCAAGAGGAAAACGUACAUAGACUGGCCCGAGGACCCUGAGAAACAGACGGCAUUCUGGAAUAGACUGUGGGCCAAGCUCGCGCCCAAACCCGCCUGAAGAAUGUAAUAGCUCUUGGAUAUGUCUAGGUUCUUAGAUAAGCGUUUG